AGUCAUGAACCCCUGGGGGCGUUACAAUUCGUAGUCGCCAAUUUUGCCCGCGAUUUUGGACAAAUGCUUCGUCGUCAACGGCCAACACAAGCAACUACGCCAUGUCGUCGUCGGCCUGGAAUGCCGUGGCCAAGGCGGCCGAGAGAGUGCCCUACGGACUCAAGCGCUCCGUCUUCGUCAGGGUCCACCCUCAGCCCGAGUCGCUGUCGGAGCGCCGCGCCGUGCUGCGACUACUCCAGCGCCACGGCGAGGUCGAGAUGUUCAAGAAGCUGCGGUCAAACAACAACUCGUUCAUCUCCGUCAUGAAGACGUCCGACGCCGCCAAGGACCUGGCUAGCCGCUCCCCCAUCACGUACGAGCUCAUCACGGACAAGUUCGCCCCGCCGGGCGCGAGGGACGUGCUCGAGAUCACGGCCGCCGUCGAGCCCAUCGAGACCACGGCCGCCUCCGACCCCAGCUUCGCCGGCAACUACAUGAGGCAGUUCUACAGGGACCUCAACAGCAGCAGCAAGGGCCAGACGGUCGAUCCGGGAAGGCCCACAAAUGACAGCAAAAACAGCGGCGGCGGCGGCGGCGAGGCAAAGGUCGAGCACAAGUCGUUCACGCUCCAUGCUUUCACGACCGAGAGGUACGACCACGGGCUCGCCAUCCGCGUCGGACCUCUGUGGGGCCGCUGGCCCGAGGAGCCCGUGGCGCGCGAGAUGCUCAUGUUCAAGGCCCUGGACGAAUCCGUGCCCAGCAACCCCGGCCACGAGGGCCUCUGUGACUGGUACACGGGCGGCCAGCUCACCGAGGGGGAGACGGCCACCACAGUCUCCAAGCCGCAGAGACAGGUGGCCAGGUUCAAGAACGAGGCCGAGGCGACCUUUGUCCACGCGAGCCUAGGGCUAGGCACAUAGAGCAUUCAUGACACACAUGCAAGAUUUUGGCAGCAAAUCUGCCAUCGCACAUGGUAUGCGCCUGGUGGUGCUGCGCUGGUGUGCGCUGGUGGUGCUGCGCUGGUGGUGCUGCCGCUAAGGAGUCAGUGGGCCCACCACAACAGCUCCAAGGCCCUGUCCAAGCUUGGCACACGAAAGCCUGCCCCACUUGGUAAGGCCGCCGCCGCCAACGACGUCACCACCAAGAUCCCUUCAAAGGCACCCCAGCCUCAAGCCGUCGGUUCGCCAGAAAUCAAGAAACGCACGAGGUGCCACGCUCUCCAACCAGAGACCACCAUUUGUGGCGCACACCUUUGAGGAAGCAGCUCCCCCGGCUGACACGCUGACUCGCGAUCAAAACCACGCCCAUCGGCGGUUGAUGACGUAGUAUCCACCACUGGACUGCCGCUACUGGCCGACUUGGCGAUCAGCGUCCUGAACCCCUGGCUUGUCGUCGUCACUCCCCCGGAUUGACCAGGCCAGCAGUGAUGGGAGAGAUGGCACUAGUUACCCCGAUCUCCCGUGUCAACCUAAUGUAGCUUUAUAUACUGGCACGAUCCCCCCA